UUGUGGACCCCACAUCUGUGAAUGGCUAUGCUCCAUAAUUAGCUCCACUUUCAUGUCCAUGGCCUUGGUCAAACUUGAGCUGCUGCAGCUCGCGAUGUGUUCCAUCGAGGCGACCGUGACCACGUGAACACUCAAACCAAUUAUGGUCCCUGGCAGCAGCCUAUUAUCAGGCUCAUCUUGUGUGGAGGGAUUUCUGUAAAUUGGAUCAGGCCGCUUACUGGAGCUUAGCAUGACGUACUGCAACUUUGAGUUUAAUCAUGAGGAUCCUCGGCAAUCCUCCACCUCUCCAAGAGAGUGGAACAUCACGAUCGGCCUCACCUGAGCGGCAGGGAAGCAAAACUGGUAAAAGUUUGGAGAAAUAAAGCCUCGUGAACGUUGAAGUUUCUGGUACAAUGGAAGAAGUUAAACCUUUGAAGAAAUAAGACUCCUGUGCUGCUCUCGGGUGUCCUUGAGGUCUUCAUCUCUGCUGCUUUGCCGUGGAAUGGAUUACAGGCUGAGCUGAUUCUUCUGUCCUGUUGGACCAGCCAGAGGAGAUCUUGAUAACAAAACAGACAAGGAGAACGGUACUGCAGGUCGGCAAGAAUAUCUGGACAAAUUGGAGCUUCUGCAUUUCUAGAUCAUCUUUCGACUCUUCUUCUCAGGCAGGGACACCUCGCAGAUUGAACAAUGGCUUUGAUGUUGGUCAAGUUCGAUCUGAAAAAGCGAGUGAAGCUAGCUCAGUCAGUCUGGUUCAUGUACUGGUUUGCCGUACUGGCUGGCGUGCUGGUCUUCAGCAUGGGCCUGUUCUUCAAGAUCGAGCUGCGAAAGCGGUCAGAACUCAUGGACAACAACGAGAGCCACUUCUUGCCCAACCUGCUCAUAUUUAUGGGUCUAAUAGCCUGUGGCAUCAACACCUUUGGAGGCAAAGUCUGCUACGAUUCGCUGGACCCGACCAAGUUUGCAAAGUGGAAGCCCAUGCUGAAGAGCUUCCUGGUGUUCUGUGUGGUGUUCAACGCCCUGCUAUUUGUCACAGCGCUGCUCUGUUUCCUGAUGAGGAUCCCCCUGCAGUUCACCCUGGCCGAGGGGCUGAGGAACGGCAUGAAGUACUACAAAGACACGGACACACCUGGACGCUGCUACAUGAAGAGGACCCUGGACCUGAUGCAGAUGGAGUUUCGUUGCUGCGGAAACGACAACUACAGAGAUUGGUUUGAGAUCCAGUGGGUUAGCAACCGCUACCUGGACUUCAGCGCAAAGGAAGUCAAAGACCGCAUCGGGAGUAACGUGGACGGCCAGUAUCUAAUGGAUGGAGUCCCGUUCAGCUGCUGUAACCCGAGCUCCCCCAGACCCUGCAUCCAGCUCCAGAUGACCAACAACUCAGCCCACUACAGCUACGACCACUACACCGAGGAGCUCAACGUGUGGAAGCGUGGCUGCCGCUAUGCCCUGUUGUCCUACUAUGGAGGCAUGAUGAACACCAUCGGAGCCCUGGUCAUACUGGUCAUCAUGCUGGAGAUCGCUGUGACCGUCGGCAUGCAGUACGUCAACAGCUCCCUGUCCACCCUGGCCAACCCUGAGGACCCAGAAAGCGAGAGCGAGGGCUGGAUCCUGGAGAAGACCGUGAAGGAGACGUUCACUGACAUCAUGGACAAAAUGAAGGCCAUGGGCAAAGGAGGCAAGGUGGAGGAGGGGGGCGAGGCAGCGGUGGCCACAGUGAGCUGAGCUGAACCCCAGCUUGCAAAAACUGACACCGCUCCACCUCACCAGGAGAAAAAAAGGACUUACGAGAGUACUACACUUUUCUACCAACCUCUAUUUUGUAGACCUACUCACAUAUUUGAACUCCUUUAAAUGGACUCAUUAUCAACGGACUCCUUGAAUCAAUAAUACCGCAGAUUCACACAUAGAGAAAUUCAGUAGCAUGAGUAAUGGUUUUUAAUUUCCUCCCAAUGAAGCUAAUCCUUCUCAAGCUCCAACUUUGCUUCAAAGCAUAUUUUUAAGAUAUUUGCUAGUUGGAUUUCUGACAUUCGGUGGAUUUUGAUCCUUUUUUCCCUCCCAAAAAAAGUGAAGAAGUCAAGUCUGUGUGCGCUCUGUUGAUAAAUGUCGUUUAUUUUGCGAUCACAAAUAAGUACGUAAGUUUUCCUUUGUUUUGUUGUCACAUAGUUUGGUGGGGAUGGUGGUUGCUAUGCAACCCCCCCUCUCAGGGAAGCCUAAGGUGCAGAUGGAGGAUAUUUACCACCCACGACACACUUUUAUUUUCUGACCUGUCUAUAGCGCUUUGGCUCGUAGCUACUACUGUAUGUAGAGAAAGCAAACAAAUUAAACCUCCCCAACUCAGCUCUUUUUAUACUUCAGUCCACCUUUGAAGACUGGUUAAGCUCCUGAGAUGGAGUAAAAUCUGAAUGGAAGGAAUCAGCAUGAAUUAUGCAUGAAUGUUGCAGCACAAGGUUGAAGAGUGAUUCAUGGGAAUCAGGAGGGAAACUCCAAAUCUAUGGAGGACGGCAGAUAUGGCAGCUAAAUCUUGGCUCCUGACCCCUGUACUGUAAUCUGAAUCCUCUUUGGUGUUUCCCAUGUGCAUUCAGUAUCUGUUUGUUGUAUGUAUGUAUAUUCUAACAGCUGGUGGGUCUUUGUACAUAGUGUAGAAAUGAUGACAAAAACAUUAAACUUUUUUAAAAUAAUGUAAUUAAGCUAAUGUUUUAUUUAAAUCCAUGUAAAGUUUUUUUUCCAAUGUUUUUGGGGAUUUGUGUGUCUGUGUAGAAAAGAGAUUAUGCUGGUUGUAUACAUGAAUAAAGGAUUGUAGAGAUGUGA